CCUACGCUGUCAUUUAUGAUUUGUAUGUCAAACAAAAACGCUCUAGCGAAUAUUUGAGUACCAGUAACUAAGUGAAGUGAAAUGCAAAAGUUCAAUAUCGUAAGUCGCGAAUAGGGAGCAUGAUUAUGGCUGCAACUAUGAAUACAACAAAUAAUAAAUAUGUGUAUUAUUAUUAGUUAAUAAUCAAAUAUUAUGAUUAAAAAUCAAAUCAAACUAAAUAAUUUGUAAUUAAAGGGGUGAAUGAGAAAAGUGUGUUUUUAAUGUAGUUUUUAUUUCAUUAUAUUUAUUAAGUGUUACAUUAGGUUUUUUAAUUUGAUAUGAAAAGUGUAUAUGUGUUUUGAGUGUAAAAAUGUCAACUCGAUCUCAGUUAACGAAAGAUCUAAAUGAAAGUGUAAAGUCGUUAUUGGGAAAACAUGUUAAAAUAUUGCUCAAAAAUGUUGUCCGACUUGAAACAAAAGGUGAUAAAACUGAAAAUAGAGUUUUGGUAUUUUCCCCAUGCCGUUUGUUUUUACUCACUGCCAAAGUGCCAACUCGGAUUGAUUGCCACUUCCACUACCUGGAAAUACAAGCGAUAGAAAGUAAACGUGGAAAUCAACUAAGUAUAGUUGUUGGUGAAAAAGUAUACUCAUUUUUAACGGGUGACGAUUCCAUGAAAAGUCAUGAAGUCGAUAGUAUGGUUGCAGCAUUGGCAACAGCUAUUCGUAACAUUUUUCCUACUGUACCCCUCCAGUAUAUUAUUAGAAAGGUUGAUAUUAUACCAAGUUCAAGAUUACAAUUUUUACAAGAUGAUUCAGUUACUCCAGGACGGCCUAAUUCGGGGCCUUGUGGUGGUUUUUCUACACAGUAUGCAUGCAUGUGUGAUUUUCAUUCGUUACCGUAUCGUGAAGAAGUUGCUUGGGAUGUAGAUACUAUUUAUAAUGCUCACGAUUCUAGAGAAAUAUGUUUAAAAGACUUCGAUCAUUUGGAUCAAAAAGAUUUAGUGCCGAUAAUUAGCGCAUUAGAAUAUAAUACAUGGUUUACAAGUUUACGCGUUGCUAGUCGUGUAUUAGGUCCAGCAACAUUACCAGUUAGAUUAAGUCAUGAGGCUGCUGAACGUAUUUUACAUAUAAUGCGUAAAUCAUUAAGUAUUGAAGAAUUACACUUAGAUAAUCUGGGAUUAAAAGCAGAUUUUGCACAUAAAUUAUCAUUAUCGUUAAUUGCCAAUCAAGCAACGCCGCUUCAUACAAUUGAUUUAUCUAAUAAUAUGAUUGAAGAUAAAGGUGCCAUGCAUUUAAGUGGUCCAGUUGCUCGUGUUCCAAAAGGAUUAGUACGCUUAAGUUUAGCACAUUGUGGUUUAACCGCAAAAGGAGUCAAUCAACUUGCACAUGCGAUGUCAUUAAAUAAAAGUAUGCAUACAUCAUUAACACAUUUGGAUUUAAGUGGUAAUAAUUUAAAGGAUGAUAUUAAUAAUUUGUAUAAUUUUUUGGCUCAACCAAAUGCCAUUAGUUAUUUAGAUAUUGCAUCAACUGAAACUACUUUGGAGAGUCUUUUUGGUGCUCUGUUACGUGGAUGUGCUACAAAUUUAUCACAUUUGAAUGUGUCACGUAACCCAUUUAGUACAAAAAAGAGUAAAGAGGUGCCACCAUCGUUUAAACAAUUUUUUACAAGUACACUUAGUUUAAAAUACUUAAAUAUGGCACAUUGUAAAUUACCAUUGGAAGCUCUUAAACAUUUGUUGCUGGGACUAGCGUGCAAUGAAUCUACAACAGAAAUGCAUUUAGAUUUAAGUAAUAAUACAUUAGGUACACAUGGUGCGCAUGUUCUAGAAUCUUGUAUACACGGUGUUCGUUGUAUAUCAACCUUAGAUAUUUCGGAUAAUAAUAUGGACGUAGAAUUAGCACCAGUAAUAACGGCAAUAGGUAAAAACAAGUCAUUAAAACAUUUACAUAUGGGUCGUAAUGUAAAUAAUAUGAAAGCCAAACAUAUUGGUUCAAUAAUGGAUGCAUUAGUUCAAAUGAUCCAAGAAGAAGAUUGUGUUUUGGAAUCUUUAUACAUUCCAGAUUCAAAAUUAAAAAGUGAUUUAUAUAAUUUAAUUAAUGCAUUAGGUAGUAAUCAAUGUUUACAAACUAUUGAUAUUAGUGGUAAUUUAAUGGGUGAUUCAGGUGCACGAUUAUUAGCAAAAGCAUUACAAAUCAAUAAUCGUUUACGUACAAUUAUUUAUGAUAAAAAUAAUAUAACAGUACAAGGUUAUAGUGAUUUAGCAUACGCAUUAGAAUCAAAUUAUACAUUACGUUAUAUACCAUUUCCAAUAUAUGAUAUAACACCAUGUAUGAAAACAAAUUCAGAACGUACCGAUUAUUUAAUGCGUAAAAUACAAGAUUUAUUAUAUCGUAAUGUAUCACCACAGAAAUAUAGCAAUGGUAAUGCAUUUAGAUUACAACAAGGUUUCUUAUUAAGUUCCACACAACAAAUGGUUGAUCGUUUAGUUGUACAAACACAAGAUACAAUUAAAACAUUAGCAGCCGAAUCAUGUGAUAUGAAUAAUGAUAUUAAUCAUGCAACAGCUUUAAUACAAGAUGCUGAUAAUUCUAAGCAUAUAUUACCCCGUUUACAAGAAGUUGUACAGCGACGAGAUGAAAGUAAUCCUGUUGAAAUCAAAUUGAAAUUAAUGUCUGAAGAACUACAUGGUGUUGUUACUAAUUAUUUACAAGGAUCAUUGGAUAGUAUGUUAGCGUGUGCAGGUGAUCAAUGUCCACUUUUAUUAGGUAGUGAUCGGUAUCGUCGUGAAUUACGACAAGCUUGUACUGAGAAAACAUCAAUAUCAGAAACAUUUAUACGAACAUGCUUACAAGAUCAAGCAGGAACUGAAAUUAUGAAUCGUAUAAAUGGAAUUAAUUUAGCUGUUGCUGCUAAUUUAUCAGAAAGAAUAACUGAUGAGGUUGUGGAACAAUUAUCAAGAUGCCAUCGAGCAUUAGUUGGUGCAGCACCACAUUAUAUACCACCUAGAUCACCGUACGGUAGUAUUGACAGUGAACCAACUUCAUCUGCGGAUAAUACUAGUCAAAUGUCGGAUCAAUCACCAAUGAAAUUGGAAUAUUUAAAUCUUGCUACUCCACAUAUGUCUAUGAAACGUAAAAGUUUACAUGGUCGUAAAAUGCGGCCAAAAUCUGUUGUGGAUAGUGUUGAAGGAUUGUCAGCUGAUGAUAUACCUGGAAUGUUACCGCCAUUAAAUUUAUCGUUACCGUCUGGUACACAUUUACCUCGAUCAGCUGAAGAAUCUUUGGAUUCCGUUGCUGAAUUACCGAAUGCAACUCAACAGCUGCAACAUCUAGUCAAAGGACGGCCACGUCGAACAAAAACACGUGCACCCACUCGACCUAUGCUAAAACCGGCAGAUAUGUUUGAAGAUCUUGGUGAAGGUUUGGAUACAUUUUUCCGACCAGGUUCUGUAACACCAACUACGCCACUAAUUUCUCCAACAUCAGAUGAAUGUAGCUCGUUAUCAUUUCAAGCUGAUGGCAGUCCCAAUCAUAGAUACAAUAGUUUAACUUCAGGUGAAACAACACCUGUAUUAAGUGAUGAUAGAAAAGUGAAAUUAGGUAGAAGUUCGCCACUUUUAAAAGGAGUAUGUGGUUUAUUAGAACCAGCACCACGAUCUCGAUCAAGUGAUAAUUUAGAAAAGUAUUCACCAUUAAUUGGACGACGUUCUCAAGGUGAUUCUCCACUAACAGCUUCUCCACUUGCCAAACGUGCUACUGACGAUAGUCCAACAAUUUCCCGUGAAAAUAGUAGUAGUAGUAUUUGUCAAGAUAAGAAACAUUUAGAUGAAUACCGUAAAGUAAAAGUAUGUCCUGUUGCGGAAGUGAUUAGAUCGCCAACUAAUGGUUUGCCAAAAACUGGAUCAGAUGUACCGAAAUCACCGAUAUUAAAAUCAUUAAAAGAUUCAUCAAACACUCCAUCGAAACCACGUCCAUGGUCGAUGAGUUCUGAUCGAAAAUCUGGCGAAUUUUCAUUGUUGAGUGAUGGAUCAUCGCCAAAUACAUCUACCGGUAAUACACCGGAUUCCGGUGAUGCAUUAGAUGAUGUUCCAAGUGAGUGUAGCGAAAGAAGGUCAGUUCGUGAUAUGGCAGCGGGGAUUAAUCGAAAUGGAGGUGAAAAAAAGGAUUCAGAAUCAACAACGAAAUGGCUAGAAAGUCAUCCUAUUCCUGCUCCUAGGAAACUAAUACCUGGAAAAAUUAUUCCCAGUGUUUUAGAGGAGAAACUGGUUGAUGGAUUGAAACUCAGUGCAUCGAAUCCACUCUAUCAACAUAAAGGCAAAUUAUUAAAUAGAAGUAGCCUUACACGCGAUGACAAUUACAACUUCGAUGAUUCGAUUGACGUAUAAAAAAAUUUAUUAUGAAUUUAUUUUGUGACUUAAGAAGACUUUUCUUGUUUAAAAACCUAUACCUAUACUAUUAUAAUACUUUAACUUUAAAGAAAAUAGUAUUUCAAAUCUCUUCGUAAUUUAAAUUUUAAAAACAAAAAAAAAAAAGAAAUAACG